CUGGGAAGUUGUUCCUUGAUGCGCAUAUAAAUUGUUCAAUAGCGCUAACCAUCUCAUUUGACGCUCUAUCAAGACGCGAAAACACGACUGUGCUAUUGGAGAGACGAGAGACGGUCUCGUAAUUUCGGUAACCGAACAGGGGAACAACGAUCAUAUUGAGUUUGCAAGCUUUACUUCAAAGUCUGGGUUAGUUUGAUAAGAGGGUUGCUCAGCAAUCGAAGGACAGGACGACUUACGGUUGUGUACAUCCUCGUCAGGGGCCGCGGUUUGCCGAUUGACAGUUGCCAUAGUGAUCUAGAUUUACCAUUUAUUACAGGUCCUCCAUAUUUGCUGAAUUUGUUAAGUUGUAUAUGAGAAUCAAACAUCCACCAGACACAGGUAAGAUUCUAGAAAGAUAGAGGGCAUUCUCGGAGAGGCAUCACCACUUCUAAAACCAUCAGACACCUCGAUUGAGCCAGCAUUAAGAAAAACACACUUGUUGAUGUGAAGAGUUACAACAAUAUACAGAACUUAUCUAAAAAGAUAUAAAAUAGUAAAAUUAUAUUGCACAUGUUCAUAUACAUAUCAACUUUUGUAAAUAUUUUUUUCGACUCAUCAAUGUAAAUACUAUUAUAUACGUAAAUCUUACCGUCUGUGCGUAUUUCAUUUUUGGAUCGUGUGUCUUUUCAACGACUCUGCAAAGGGGCCAAACCGGUUUUGACAAGUUAACGUUACAAAGGGUGGUGAUCCAUGGACUCUCGCUAUAAACCUAAGACUUUUUUUCAUUUCUGACAUUUCUUGUUGACCUUGGUGAAGUAAAUAUGGACCCUGAGGCGUCUGAGAUAUGUCCUGUUGGAGAAUUCGAACUAGUGAAUCGAUCAAAGCCCGGGACGCCGAUUGUAUGGCAAAAACCAAACAAUCGCAUCGGCAUAGCAUGGGCUGUAUCAGAUACCAGUGACGACGUAAAGUCAUACAUCAUACAAUGGAAGAAAGCAGGAGAGAAAGUGUGGAAACAAUUAGUGGAGGCAAUUAAUGUGAAACCAAAUAAAGAUCAAACAAUUCAAACAGAUAUGACAUUAGAUUUGGAGGAAAACGAGAGUUACACCUUUACUGUCCAGGCGUCUUACACGGAUGAUGACUUAAGUUAUCCAAGCGAACUGUGUGAAUUCAAGCAAACGCCAAUCGACCAGAGCUAUGCUGAGCCCGACGACUUAUGCAAGCAUGCUAAUGAAGCACUUCACUUGGAAAAGAGUUUGCCUGCAAAUUAUGAAACGGGAGACAUGAUUCGCCCUGGGAAACCAAUUGUAUCGCAACUAUCGCCAAUAAGAGCUGAAAUCGCUUGGAAUGAGCCGGAUAAAUGUGACGAGAGGAUCGUGGAGGCAUAUAUCAUAAAAUAUAAGAGCCCCAGUGACAACACGUGGAAGACCAUGCGCAUUCCAGGGACAACUGACCAACAAACAGCACAUCAAUUUAAGACCGAUAUUCCUGUUGAACCAAACGUUUCAAUCAUAUUCUCUGUGCAAGCAUGGUACAAAGACAACUGUGUUAGCGAAGAUAGCGAUGUGAGUGAUGAGUUUAAAAUCGUUGCAUUGCCAGAGGAAAUCUGCAAAGCAAAAGUUAAAGAAUCAUCUACCGAAGAAAAAGGAGGCAAACCAUCAAUUCUUCAAAUGAAAAUGAAACUUGCAUGUGAAAACGCAAAUCAGUUUAUCAAAAAGUUCGAGUAUGGAAUUAAAAAUGAGGCCAAGGCUUGCGAUGAAAAGGUCAUAAUGAUUGUUGGAGCUACCGGGGCGGGGAAAAGCACACUGAUUAACGGAAUGAUCAAUUAUAUAUUCGGCAUAUUAUGGGAAGAUCCAAUACGGUUGAAACUUAUUCCAGAAAAUUUAAGCAGCAAUCAGGCUAUCAGUCAAACAAAAUCAAUAACAUCUUACACGAUUCACCAUGAACCUGGUCUCAAAGUUCCAUACUCUUUAACUAUCAUUGACACACCGGGAUUCGGUGAUACUGGAGGCUACAAGAGAGAUGAAGAAAUAACAGACCAUAUCCGUGAAUUCUUUACAGGAAAUCGGUUGGAUUCGAUUGAUCACAUCGAUGCAGUUGGAUUUGUAACACAGUCAUCUUUGCCUCGGCUAACACCAACACAAAGAUACAUAUUCGAUAAAAUACUUUCGCUUUUUGGAAAAGACAUCGAGGAUAAUAUCACCAUGCUUCUGACAUUUGCUGAUGCCCAGAAGCCACCUGUUUUAAGUGGGAUCAAAGAGGCUGGAUUCAAAUACAACAAGUAUUUCAAGUUCAACAAUUCAGCAAUUUAUGCCGACAUUGGAUAUCAUAUUGAGGAGGAAAAUGGUGCUAAUUCCGCGGAUGAUACUGAGGAGGAGGAUAACGCUGCUUUCAACAAGAUGUUUUGGGAAAUGGGCAUGAAAAGUUUUAAGUUAUGCUUUGAUGCAUUAUCACGUUUUGAGAGGAAAAGUUUAUCACAGACAAAAGAAGUCUUAGUGGAGCGACAUCAACUGGAGCUGGAUGUUAUGCAAAUGCACACAGAAAUCAGUCUUGGCUUGAACAAAUUGGAAACCCUUACUGAGGAAGUCAAGAUCGUAAUCAACUUUGAGGCUCAGAUAAAUGCUAACAAGGAUUUCGAAUAUACUGUGUUCGAAGAUACGAUCGUAAAACAGGACAUCCCUCACAGCCAAUACACAACAAACUGUAUAAAUUGUAACAGAACAUGUCAUGAGAGAUGUGCAAUCAAAGAUGAUAGUGGCAAAAUGGGGUGCUGGGCGAUGACAGGAGGUAAUUGUCGAAUAUGUCCAAAUAAGUGCCACUGGACAGCGCACAAAAAUAUGCCAUUUGUGAUGACUACGGUCAGGCGAGAAGUUACAAAACAAGCUAAAGAUUUGUUAGAACGCUAUGAACAAGGAGUAGAUGGCAAGACGACAAAAGAGCGCUUAAUCGAUAAUUUGAAAAAAGACUUCGAUAAUCACCAGACAACCGUCUGGAUGCUUACAGAAAAGGUGAGACAAACUAUUGAAUACCUGAAUGAAAUCGCAUUAAAACCGAAUCCAAUGUCAACGCUCGACUACAUUGAUACACUAAUCGAUUCAGAGUCGGCAGAACAAAGACCUGGUUACCACGAACGUGUUAAACAGUUAAAACAACUAAGAGUCAAGACGGAGAUGUUCAUUAACAUGGUGAAAAAAGGUGAAGAUCCGUUUGAAAAGUUCCGGGAGAAUUUCGAGGCGCAACUUGAAAAGGAAGAGAACAAAGGGGAACAGUUGGAAGAUAGCAUAACUACCAAAAUGAAAUCGUUUGUGACUGAUACUUGGACGGCCGUGAAGGACGGCUUGAGUAGGACGUACAAGGGAAAGGUUAAGUACAGGAAAUAUCAGGAAAUACCCUCAACUCCAAUUUGAAUGUUACCAUUAGGUUGAGCAUAACAUUCAAAUUUUCUGAAUUUAAAUAAAUAUAUUGAUGUCGAGGGACUGAACAUUGACGUAAAAAUGACAUGGCACGUUAAAUCCUACUUACAUAUUCGUUUGUUCAUAUACGUAUAUCAUAAAUCAUAAGAUGUUACCUUUUUGGUGUAAUUAAUGAAAAGUCGGCUUUACGUAUAUCUAGUAUUUACAUAAUGCAUAUAUUAAGUAUUUAGGUACCACAAGCAUGUUGCUGUAAGAGUAAUUUCUUUGUGAGAGUUAUUAUUUUUUCAUAUGCGAGUCUGGUUCCAUUUUUUGUACAAACCUUAAAAUAUUAUAUUGAAUAAAAUAUACUGAAUUUGGUUGCAAUGCAAAAAACUCAUUCUAUGAUGACUUAACAUUUUGCUCUGUAGGUUCACAGUCCUUGUAGAAAAACGAAAACACACAUAUUUGACAGUUGAGAAGAUAUUUUAUUAAAUUCAAUUUGAUUUAUUUACAUACCAGGCUUUUCUAAUAAAGUCUUACUUUUGGAACCAAACUAGAGGAUAUAAUAUGAUGAAACAUUGUAACAAGGUAUGUAAACAAAAGCUUGCAAAAGGGGCUGUCUACUUUGAACUGUUAGAGUCAAAAUACAAGGCGCAUUAUCAUGUAAAUGAUAAAGAGAGAAUGAUUUUCAAAUACACGCAGAUUAGUGUACUUACUAGAAUGAUAUUUUUAAAUUUGUAUAUAAAGUGAAAGUUACUAGUACACUGUUGAUCCACUCGAUUAUACUGGUCACCAAACGGUUCGUUUCGGUAACAAAAUGUCGGAACCUCGAAUGUACG